AUGUUCGCAAAUGUUGGAUUCAGGACAUUAAGGGUUUCUAGGGGUCCUGUAUAUGGGUCUUACAGCCAAAUCAUCAGUUUUUCGAAAAGAACCUUUUAUUCAGGUGCCAAAAAUGGGUACCAGUCAAACAAUAAUCAUGGUGAUGCCUAUAGUUCAAAUGCACAAACAGGACCAUUCACCUAUAAAACCGCAGUAGCUUUCCAGCCAAAAGAUAGAGAUGAUCAGAUAUACCAAAAACUAAGAGAUUCUAUUAGAUCACCAACAGGAGAAGACAAUUAUUUUAUUACAUCGAACAACGUCCGGGACAUUUUCGCGGGUGUCGCAGAUGGUGUUGGAGGUUGGGCUGAACAUGGAUAUGAUUCCAGUGCAAUCUCAAGGGAGUUAUGUAAAAAAAUGGACGAAAUAAGUACUGCUUUAGCAGAAUGCUCAUCCAAAGAACCGUAUUUAACUCCAAAAACAAUUCUUGGUGCUGCCUACAAAAAAAUAAAGGACGAGAAAGUUGUAAAGGUGGGUGGAACAACAGCAAUUAUGGCUCAUUUCCCACCCAAUGGAAAGUUACAAGUUGCAAACUUGGGCGAUUCUUGGUGUGGUGUCUUUAGAGACUCUAAACUUGUAUUCCAGACGAAGUUCCAAACGGUUGGAUUUAACGCACCUUAUCAGUUGUCGAUUAUUCCAGAAGAAAUGUUAAAAGAGGCUGAAAGAAGGGGUAGCAAAUAUAUUUUAAACACCCCUGCCGAUGCUGAUGAAUAUAGCUUUCAAUUAAAGAAAAACGAUAUUGUUAUAUUAGCUACCGAUGGUGUAACCGAUAAUAUUGCUGCAGAGGAUAUAGAGCUUUUUCUAAAAGAUAACUCCGCCAGAACAAAGGAUGAAUUACAGCUAUUAACUCAGGAUUUUGUGAAGAACGUUGUCAGUCUAAGCAAAGAUCCUAGUUACCCCAGUGUUUUUGCGCAAGAAAUCUCUAAAUUGACUGGUAAAAACUACAGUGGUGGGAAAGAAGACGAUAUAACUGCUGUCAUCGUAAGAGUUGAUUAA